UGCACAUUCAUCAGUUUUGAAUCAGUUGUUUCUUCUUUGUUGUUUAUUGAUUAUUUAAAUAUUUAUUGAGUAUGUCCUUGGCAAAGUACCUCAAUCGCUCAGCGGCCAAAUCUAGUAAAGAGGCUAUAUCGCGGAUCUGCACAUUGAGGCCCGUGGAGGCCGAGCACAGUGCCAUACAAUUGACGAACGGUGAGAAUAUUAUUGGACGCAGCAAGGAAACCGGCAUCAGAGAUUCCCGCUGCUCGAAGCGACAACUACAGCUGCAAGUUAAUCUGCAACACGGAAGUAUACAGCUUAAAGUGUUAGGUAUCAACCCAUGCGGUAUCAACGGUGUCAUGGCUAUGCAAGACACGGAACGUGAACUGAAGCAUGGUGAUCUUAUAGAAAUUGUUUACGGCCGACAUCCAUAUGAAGUGCACUUCAAACCAGCCCCAAACGAAGAACAAGAGAAUAGCACAGACGUGGACAUGGAGAGCAGCCUUCCAAUUGCCAGUGAUCAAGAGCACUGGGAUUCAGUGGCCAAUGGUAAAUUGGUAAUCUUUAGUAGCGCCGGCUUAAGGGCAUCAAACAAAAUUGCCGGCUACGACAUGGACGGCACCAUUAUCACUACUAAGUCCGGCAAAGUAUUCCCCAAGAACACGGACGACUGGAAAAUCAUCUACCCUGAAGUGCCCGAGAAACUGCAGCGACUGCAUAAGGAUGGCUUCAAAAUUUGCUUCUUUACAAAUCAAGCGGGCAUUGCACGCGGUACCGUUAAUCUGGAUGAGUUCAAAGUGAAAGUCAAGAAUAUAGUUAAAAAGUUGAAUGUGCCUAUUCAGGUCUUCGUAGCCAUAGGCAAUGGGUAUUAUCGCAAACCGUUGCCUGGUAUGUGGGAGCACUUAAAACAGGAACUGAACGACAAUGUUGCUGUGAAGGAAGAGCGUUGUUUCUUCGUAGGCGAUGCUGCUGGUCGGCCGGAAACCGGCAAAGGCGUUACGAAGCAACGAAAGGAUCAUUCACUGGCUGAUCGCCUGUUUGCUGCCAACAUUGGCCUAUCUUUCUACACGCCCGAGGUUCAUUUUCUCAACAGGCGCAUAGAAGAAUGGAAUAAGCCUGAUUUUGAACCCAGCACCGUCGAUGUGGACAUUCCUCAGUUUGAGCCAAGUGAUGUGGAAUUUGACACGAAAAAAAGCGAAAUGAUUAUUGUGGUUGGAUUGCCGGGUUCGGGAAAAAGCCACUUUUGUGCCGACGUGCUGGCUACUAAAGGUUAUGUGAUUGCCAAUGCCGACACUUUGGGCAGCACCCAAGCCUGUCUAACAGCCUGCCAGCGCGCCCUAAAAUCAGGAAAGUCUUGUGUGGUGGACAAUACCAAUGUGGAUGCGGCAUCGCGUAAGAAAUUUGUAGCGCUAGCGCAAGAAACCAAAAUCCCUUGCCGUUGCUUCGUAAUGAAUGUGACGCCGACGCAGGCGAAGCAUAAUAUUGUUUUCCGAGAGCUACAGGACACUGGACACUCGUCCAUCAACGACAUGGUCUUUAACAUGAUGAAGAAAAAGUAUCAAACGCCCAGCCUAGAUGAAGGCUUCACUGCUGUCCACAAAGUUAACUUUAAGCCACAGUUCGCAAACGAAAAGGAUGCUAAGUUAUACAAAAUGUAUUUGCUUGAAAAGUAA